AUGGAAUACAUCGAAACACAUUGUAACAUCCCAACAGUCAUGUCUGAAUUAAAAAUUACGACUGUUGAGAGUUACAUCUCGCUCAUCAACGACUUGAGUAAAGCAAAGAAUAAAAGUACA